AUGAGCAUCUCUGGAACUUGCCACCUAGACCUCCUUAGUGUCUCCCAACAUGCUCAACUUCUGGCCUUCAUGACCUUCAUACAAGGAGAAUGCCUGACAGACUUCCUCCAGGCAAGCUCCUUCCUGCCUCUUCGCACUGACUCCACUCUGUGUAAGGUUGUUGGGAAAAGAAAUGUGGCACAAAUUAUUCUUCUUUGUGAUUAUAAUGGACAAGGACUUCCUUUUACCUGGUCAACCUCUAAUCAGAGGCAAAAGAGACUGAGCAAGGGAAAGAGAGAGGCAAAGUGGAAAGGACCACAAAUUGGCAAAGCCCGUUCUGCCUUUGCCGUGGAUGAAAGCCCUCCGUUUGUAAAGCCCUCUCGGCCAGCAGCAGGCACACACACAUCCUCCAGAGCAGCCCGCGACCCGCACCUCGGCGUGGCCACCACGGUCGCCAGAGUUCAGCCUCAUCGGAAACAGCUGCCGCUGGUCCUACUGAGAUUGCUCUGCCUUCUUCCCACAGGACUGCUCGUUCGCAGCGUGGAUUUUAACCGAGGCACCGACAACAUCACCGUGAGGCAGGGGGACACGGCCAUCCUCAGGUGUGUUGUAGAAGAUAAGAACUCAAAGGUGGCCUGGUUGAACCGUUCUGGCAUCAUUUUUGCUGGGAACGGCAAGUGGUCUCUGGACCCCCGUGUUGAGCUGGAGAAACGCCAUUCUCUGGAAUACAGCCUCUGAAUCCAGAAGGUGGAUGUCUACGAUGAGGGUUCCUACUCUUGCUCAGUGCAGACACAGCAUGAGCCCAAGACCUCCCAAGUUUACUUGAUCGUGCAAGUUCCACCAAAGAUCUCCAACAUUUCCUCGGAUGCCACUGUGAAUGAGGGCAGCAACGUGACCCUGGUCUGCAUGGCCAAUGGCCGUCCUGAACCUGUUAUCACCUGGAGACACCUUACACUAACUGGGAAAAAUGCUAUUGGUGAUCUGAACCUAAAGAUAUAUUCUUUUUUAUCCCCUCAGUUUAGAAAAGUAUGAGAUCAAACCAGAGUUUCAAGGCCUUCACAGGCUUGUUCUAGGAGUUUAGAUCUUCAUGGCUAACUCUAGUAGACUUUUUCAUGAU